GAAUCCCCCAUCGUGAUCUUUGGCUUGAAGGAUUAUAUGCAUUCUUCUUUAGAUACUUUAUUCUCGAGAGGUUUGGUGAGAGUAUGCCAAGGUUUGUUGUUAUUUUAUCACCCCCCUGACUUAGCUUGAUCCUUUCCUAACACUAUUGCAGCGAAUAACUGUCUUUGUCUUGCGUAGUAGGUCCCGUAAUGCGCCAUAUGUUGUGCGCGACAUAAAGGGACAAUCUCCGAGCCUCGGUGGUUUCACUGCAAAAUGCCCCUACGCUUUCCAUAAAUGCUCCCCAAAAAUACCCCUUGCGUUUCGAGUUGCUUGCUCUUGCAGAUACCAUGUUUUAGCUCCUUGGACUAUCGGAAAUCUUUGCUGCAGCCGGGUACCCGCAACUGUUUCACUCAUCCUCUCGAAUCCAGGAGAGAUAUAAAGCUUGAAUUUAUGCCGAAACGCCCUUUCCAAACCUUUACAACUUGCAUGCCAUGGCAUACGCGUUACGGAAACAACCUUUCCGAGGCAUCUAUAUCACCCUCAGAGUUCUUUUGGACAUAGCCCUUCGGGUACCUCUUUGGUGCCUUUAUUAUAUACCAAAACGCAACAGACCCCGACCGGCGUGGAGCUGGUAUCAUUGUAUCGAGAUCGAUGCCAUUCGUGAGGGUAAUGAUCUAGGCCCUAUCGCAGAGAGGGCAGGCCCAAUCUUACCGUCCCCUAACCAUCUCGCUAUUCCUAAUGACAAGACGCUGAAGGCAGUCUGGCUUGAACCUGUUCCCAAAUUGGUGCAUGGGGAAGUCCGACAAUGGGCCGCUGCAGCUAACGUCCAGUCUAUCAGUAUUCCUGGAUACUGGUACGACAAAGAGGGUUACGACACUGCUGUCGGUGAACCACCGAUGCCUGGCGAGAAGGUCCUCUACUACAUUCAUGGCGGGGGCUUCAUUGCUUACUCUGCCCAUCCCUGUGUUCCCGUCUAUUCAUACAUCACUCGACGCCUCAUGACGUGUCAUUCCUCCGUUCGACGCGCACUUUCGGUAGAAUACCGCUUGGUCGUUAACCCAUUCGGAGACGAAGUUUAUCCUUUCCCUGCUGCACUCCUCGAUACAUUGGCCGGUUACACUCGCUUGGUCAAUGCUGGCUUCAGGCCCGAAGACAUUAUUUUGGCUGGAGACUCGGCUGGAGCGAACCUAGCACUAGCCCUCGUUCGUUAUUUGAUUGAAUCCAGACGUGAUCCUGUAGCCGACAAGGUCGUCCCACACCCUCCUUCUGCCUUAGUGUUGGUCUCACCAUGGGCCGACCUUGGAACUUCCCAUGAUGGUCCAAAUUCUUCACUACGUACCAAACUUUCAUCCGACUACCUUCGCCCCGUGGAUAGCGGACUGCUAUACUACGCCCGUCAAAAUUAUUCGGGACCUUUGGGUUUCCCAGGCGGACCCAAUGACAAUCCUUAUCUCUCACCUGCUUCUGUACAUCCCGGAAUGCCGAGAGUCUCAUUCGAAGGCUUCCCACCUACGAUAAUAGUGAUGGGAGAAGCAGAGACAUUUAGUGACCAAAUUGAAACCCUGUGGCAUAAGAUGUCGACUCAGAUGGGUGAUAGUCAGGUUGCACUCCAUGUUGCGAAGGACGCUCCCCAUGCUUUCAUGAUCUUGAGCUCAUGGGAAGAGCAGAACAAUUUGGCUUACGAUGUCGUCGCCAGGUGGUUCGAAAAACUUUCACAAUAGCCAGCCUUGACGACGACGUUCGCUUAUUCAGUCGUUCGUGCGCCCAUUCCGCAGCAUGAACAUUCUCGAUGAUGUCAUGUAUCUCCGUCGUUCAUUAUUGAUAUAUACAUCGCAACGUCGCAGAAAGACAUUAUACAGUC